UAAUAGCAAACUUCUUUUCAGCAAAAUCAACAACUAAAAGUCGAGACAUAAGCAAUGACUGUCGACGGAGGUGGUGGUGGUGGUGGAAAGUCCGAUGAGUUCCAGCCAUUCCCCGUCAAAGACCAGCUCCCCGGUGUUGAUUUCUGCCUCUCCAGUACUCCUUCAUGGCCUGAAGCAGUACUUCUAGGAUUUCAGCAUUACUUGGUAAUGCUUGGCACCACUGUCAUCGUAUCAUCUAUACUUGUCCCUUUAAUGGGCGGUGGAAACGUGGAGAAAGAUGAUGUUAUUAGUACAAUUCUCUUCGUAGCGGGUAUAAACACGCUAUUUUGCAAACGCUGUUUGGAACCCGGCUGCCAGUGGUGAUUGGGGCUUCUUAUGCUUACAUCAUCCCCUCCAUUUCCAUUGCCUUAUCCAGACGAUAUAGUGUCAUCAUCGAUCCCCGCCAGAGGUUUAAAGCAUCCAUGAGAGACGUGCAAGU